AAAGCAUUGUCAGAAUACUGGACUACAUUAAAGCAAAAAAAUAUUAAUAUGUCAUCAAAAAAGGAACUCAAAUCAGGGCAAGAAGUUAGCAGUAAUGUGCUAGCUGAGAUAGAAGACAUUGUUGAAAGUAUCAAAAAAGAUUUUGGAGAAGAAUCAGUUAUUCUACUGGGAGAAAAUGAAAAAAAACCCCGAGAGGUGAUUUCCACUGGCAGUUAUUUGCUAGACCAGGCCAUUGGGGCAGGUGGUUAUCCGUGCGGGAGAAUUGUGGAGAUAUACGGCUUAAAAUCUAGCGGCAAAAGCACUUUAGCAUUACAAGCGGUUAGCGAAUGUCAAAAAUUAGGCAAAAAGGCGGCUUACUUUGAUUUAGAAAACAGCCUAGACAUUAAACACGCUAAAAGUGUUGGUGUGAAAAUUAAAGAAUUAAUUAAUCCUUAUCCGAGUUCAGGAGAAGAAGUUUUUGACAUGAUGAUUAAAUUGAUUCACAAAAAUGUUGAUUUGAUUAUCGUGGACUCCGUUUCUAAUUUGGUUCCUCUCGUUCAGUUAGAAGCCAAUUUAGGUAAGCAGAGAGUUGGUUCUCAUGCCGCUUUAAUGUCAGCCGGUUUAAGGAAACUUAAACCAGAAUUAGUUAACAAAAAAACUAUUGUCAUUUUCAUUAAUCAAAUACGCAAAAAUAUCGCUAUUAACCCUUAUGCUCCCUCCGAGACCAAGACUGGUGGAAUGGCUCUUGAUUUUGACGCUGAUUUGCAGAUUAAAUUAAAAAAAAAGGAAGAUCUCAAAAAAAAUGACAAAAUUAUUGGUAUUGAGACUGAAGCCAAAAUAGUAAAAAAUAAAAUGGCUCCUCACGGAGAAGUGGCCAGUCUAGAAAUCAUUUUCCCUCAUGGCGUAAAAAAAGAACGAGAAAUUAUCGAUUUAGCCACAGAAUUAAGUAUUAUUCACAAAAGCGGAACUUGA